AUGGAGGCACUAGGUGCUGCAGCCAGCGUUACUCAGUUCGUCCUGCUUUCACUGAAAUGUGUCAAAGAGGCUCACGAUGCUCUCUCGCAAUACAAAGAUGGUCCAGAUAUUUUAAAACGCCUAGCAAACGACUUUCUUGGUGUGCAGAACAUCUUAGAAGCCCUCUGUUACUCAGAAAACGUCGCAGGCAACACAACUUUAGAUGCGUACAUACAACAAAGCAUCAAAAGUCUUUGCUUAAUAGCAGAACGCCUCGUCGAGUUACAGAUCACACCAGGAGACAAAGGAGGCAAACGUCUGUGGCAACAUCUUAAAAUAGUUCUGAGCGAGGAUGAUAUGAAUCGCAUAAGAAGUGAGCUGGCACAGAUUGUCAACAUCCUAAAUUUGCGUCUACUGGUUUUGUCUCGGAACACAGUUUCUCAAAUAAAGGACGACACACAACAAGUUAGGAAUCAGAUGACUACGAUGGACACCUCAUUGCAGUCUUAUCAUCAAUUACAAACAGCUGGUUUUCAGGCCUUUGAGAACAGCCUGUUAAAUACUCACAAUGGACAUCACAGAGACUACCAAAGCAGGUUGUCUUCAAUUCAACACUCACUUGACUCAACAUCAUCCAUCUCCGUGUCGAGAUUUCAGGAUAUGCGUUCACUGUUGGAUGAGAUUAAAGAUCUUGUUGUUUUAGAGGGCAAGGCUACUAGAGAAGCAUCGGCCAGUAACAAUAUUGGAAGCGAAGGCACCACAAACAAGCCUCAGAAUUCGGCCAUGUUGGAAAGUAUCGAACGUCUCGGCGCUUUGAUCGAUGCCAAACGCGAGUCUUGCAAUGUCUAUGCUGAAGAGGAUGACCUGGCGGAUUCUGCAAUAGAAGAUCUACAGGAUCUGCUGGCUGCUAUUCGACGGGAGAGACAUAACAAAAUCGAGAAAGAGAUGUUGGAUGGACUGCGUCGAUUUAGUCGGUACUUUGGACAAUACGAGGUGUCUAUCAAUUCUGGAACCAACGGAAGCCGUCAAGUCACAGGAAGGAUCCUAGAUCAAGAACGAACGUAUAAACAAGCAGAUGUCGGUUUAGGGAAGAUGAGCCUUAUGAUACACAAGCGGAAACGAACAGUUUCUACCAAGAAUGAGAGAAAUACAACUGGACUAGUUGAAGGACAUCUGACUGAUUAUAACAUGUCACUCACUUUUCUUCCCAAUGGGAAUCGGAACCACCAUAUGCUGAUGGCUACAAUAACCCAAAGAGAGAUACUGGCGGGAAGCGUUUCGUCCAUCUCACAACUCCAAGUGAACAAGAUUCUCCCAUUGGGCUCACCGGUAUUUGAGAUUGUGAAGACGGGCAGGAUCCAGGAGCUCCGUCAAUUGCUCCAAAGUGGCAAGGCUUCUAUUCGAGACCAUGAUGAAAAGGGCGCCUCUUUACUGUUUUAUUCUCUAGAGCAACCAGAGAUGUGCAAAUUCUUACUAGAGGAAGGACUUGACGUCGAUCAUGUUACAUAUAAUAACGGCACCCACUGCUUGCAACGGCACAAUGGGUGGGAUGAUACUGUCAUCCCAGAUCAACAACUCAAACGGAUUAACGCAUGUCGCAGGUUGCUAUUGACUGCGGGAGCCGAUCCAACAUACAAGGACCCAAAUAACAAAUUGUCAAUGAGCUUCCUCGACACAGUGAGAGCUUUGCCAGACCGACUUGACACAAUUGACUUCGCAUGGAAUUCAGGACUUGUCACUCCUUUUGCAAGCUUUCGCGACUGGGUUAAUUAUGAGGGCAUGUCGACAUUCUUGAAUGCUUGUACGCAUUUCAAGAUAUCUGCAGAUAUCUUGAAACACCUUGUGUCUAUGGGCGCAAAUGUCCACGACCGAUCGAGCAAGGGGGAGACAUGCCUGCAUUUAUUGGUAGAUCAUACUCCCCCGGAACAAGACAUCAUCAUCAGGUUAGAGUGUCUUGUGUAUCUUCUUCAACAGGGAGCAGAUCCACACGCUCGGGAUAAUGAAGGCAGGACUCCCUCAAGUAUUGCUUAUAGCAUGCUUGGCCACAGAGAUACGAUUGACGGAACUCUCGGGGACGUGUGGGACGCAGCGUUGCACAUCAGCGGGUUCGAUAUUUCCCACUUUCGCACGAUUUCUCGUCGUUUACCGAGAUAUGACCCCUCGUUCUACACGCGACAGAUGUUUGAAGAGCUCUGGAUAGGAAGGGAAGAUCAGUGUCCAUACUGGGACGAUGAACCAUGGCCACCUGCAGGACCUGGGGAAAGGGAUAGAGAUCACCAUUCCGACAUGGAUUCAUACGGGUGCGUCUCGGAUUUUGAUGUCUCGCACGAUGGCAAUUUAUCGGAGGAAGAAGAAGAUGAUGAUGAUGAAGACGGGGGUGCGCUACUGCUAUGA